AUGGCUAUUCCUCAACAAACCGCCUCAGUCACCAUGGCUGUAGCCCCGGCGAUGAUCACUCAAAGCCCAGAGCUCUGGUGCCCGAAUGGACAAACCGCUGUCUACACGACGGACUGUACAAUGGGAACCCCAGUUUCGUACUGUUUCAGCCCGGAGCCUCCGAUCAAGUGCUCACAGGGCUUCUUCCCGUCAGUUUGGCAUCCAGAUCAUUGUAUGGAAGAAUCGACUUGUUUCCCACUCAGCGAACCCUGGAUCACCACCGAGUGCUCGAAUGGGGCUGUUCCGUAUUCGACGUCGACUAUAUAUGAGGGUACUUUGGCGGGAGGAGAAUCAACUGUCAUUAGUGGUGAGUUUCUUGUUUCUACUCUAUUUUAUGACGCAAAGGUUGAGCGCUGA